AUGUCAGCGAUCACACCUCAAGCUGAGUGGAAUCAGAAGAUCCAGGAGUUCUCUCUCCAUGCCAGCCUUCAUAACAAGCACAGUCCGAACCAAGCUGCCAUGAAGGCUUUAUGGGCCCAAAGCUUCCUACAGCCUCUUCGGCAGUCGAAGAGUGCAGAAGAUGAGACAGUCAAACAGGAGGAUGCCACUAUCGGAGCUUUCAGCACUAGCGCAGAGGAACAAUUCAUUGUCUGUAUUCGGGGAUUCCCAGAUCACAAUGUGCUGCAAUUUUUGGGCAGGCAGCUUCAUAUCGACCCUCAUGUCCUGCUAAGUCAUCUUCCUUAUCCCCUUUCAUUCGAAAUUAGACCUUUGCCAACAGCCCCAAAUCCGGUAAUUCAGGUUAAUUUGAUAUCGCUGGGGUUUUACCAUCCAGAGGAGUUGACUCAUCCUAAACAACGAACGAUCGACGCAAAAACAAAGUCAUACAAUCGAGGUCUAUUCGAGAACAACAAUUGGGGUUAUCAGCAAUGUCGACAUGUUAAUCAGCACGGUUGCCGGUUCUUUUCGGUGGAGCAAAGAAUCAGCUUGAUCAUCUGCAGAGAAUAUGGCAAGCUCUGGUCUGCAAUUAUACUUAAUGACAGUGGAAUUGAACAUUCCGAGUCGCCAUGGUACCAGGGUAAUCGUUUCCCGCCACGAUUUCUACCUCUCAAAGAAUUUGGAAACCUGCCUCUUGUACCAGCAUACCUUCCAGAUAAUGUGGCUGCGACGAAAACAAUCAUCCAACGGCGACCUGACCCUUGCCUUUCACGCGUACAUAAUUGCACGCCAAUGUCUUCGGAAGAGAUGCAGCUGUGCCUACAAGACCCGAUAAUGCUGGCUACAGACCUGUUCAAGACUUCGGCUUUGAGUUGGCGACAGUUCUUUGCCUUCUUCCAUCAUAUAAAGAAUGAAUGCACACAACAAGAAAACCGCACAGAAAUCGCAGACCAACUCCGCCGAGACAAAGAAGUUUUGGACCGUGCCUAUCGGUACUUUGAGGAUGUCAUAUGUCUCCUCGAUCACCGGUAUGCGUUAAACCAGCCGAUCUGCUCCUCUUCUGUCGAACGUGAACAGGUCGAUAAAAUACUCUGUCAGGUGAGAGACGACUUCAAGCUCCUUCAAGCCGAGUCAGCAAAACUACGUGAACAAUGCACAGACUCGAUUGGAAUUGAAAUGAACAUGAUCAGCAUUCGCAACGCGAAAAAGAGUAUUGAGCAGACUGAAAGAGUGAGACUGCUCACAUUCAUGGCUUACCUAUUCAUCCCACUGAGUUUUGUAGCUUCCAUAUUUGGGAUGAAUGUCUCGCAGUUGCAAGACCCUAGUCCUCCAAUCAAGAUAUUUUUUGCUGUGGCUUGUCCGAUAACUCUGGCAUGUGCCUUGCUCCCAAUCUGGAGGGAAGUUCUAGCCUACAUCUUGGCUGCCAGGGACCAAGUGCGUCACAUCCUUAGAGGUGAUGCACAAAUGCCACUUUUUUGA